CACUCUCAUAUCCUCCAGUGUGUGUGUGUAUGUGUGUGUGCUGCUUACACAGCCUCACAGACAGCAGCAGCAGGUUGAUACACACAAAGACAGUGAACGCUUCCUGGUGCAGAGCCCUUUUGAAGAACUUUGAGCAUUCCUCUCCUACAGCACAGUCUCCUCCUACACAGAGGAAGAUGACGAUACCAGCUAGCAGUCUCCUGAUUGGCCUGAUGUGUCAGGUAACCUGCAUGUGGGCCUUUGCUCGCCUGCCUGAGGAUGCAGAACAGCGGUCUGCCUUCUCAGUGGCACGCACCAGCAGCAUGGAGGGUGGACCAAAGAUGGUGGUGACCUUUGACAAGGAGUAUGUUAACAUCGGUGGGGACUUUGAUCCAAAGGCAGGCAUGUUCCGCUGCCGCAUCCCCGGAGCAUACUACUUCUCUUUCACAGUGGGGAAAUUCCCACGUCGUGACCUGUCAGUCAUGCUAAUGAAGAACAGGAAUGAYGUGCAGGCKAUUGUGUAUGAUGAGAAUGCGGGAGAYGAGCGUAAYGUGCAGAGCCAAAGCGCCAUGCUGCAGCUGGACUUUGGUGACACAGUCUGGCUCCGCCUUCACGGUGAUCCCCGCUAUGCCAUCUACAGCAACACAGGUCACUACACCACCUUUAACGGCUACCUAAUCUACCCUGACACCUACACCUUCAGACCCCAAGCACGAGGACCCAACUCSRAUGAGGACCAGAGGUCAGCUUUCUCUGUUGGCCGCACUCAGAGCAUCGUAGGGGUGGACCAGGGCUUCCCAGAGCACCGUCCUAUCGCCUUUGACACAGACUUUGUCAACAUUGGCGCUGACUUUAACGUCACCGAAGGUGUAUUCACCUGCCGUAUUCCAGGAGCCUACUUCUUCUCCUUCAAUGCUGGCAAGCUUCCCCACAAAACACUAUCAGUCAAGCUGAUGAAGAACCACCUGGAGGUGCAGGCCAUGAUCUACGAUGACAGUGACACUGAAAAGGCUCUGCAGAGCCAGAGUCUGAUGCUGUCUCUGCGCCGUGGUGAUAUCGUCUGGCUUUAUAGCCACCAGCGCGAUGGCUUUGGAGCAUACAGCAACCAUGCCAAGUAUAUUACCUUCACUGGAUUCCUGGUCUAUCCAGAACUCCAAAAACCACCCACCAAUCAGCAGCAACAGCAGAGCCGGAAGCCAUAAGGGACAGUGUCAAGAACACAGUUGGCUGUGGACGUACUACACUCAAUUAUUCUAUGUCCAGCUAAUUCUUUCAAUGGGUUUACUUUGUCAAACUCCAACUUGGAGUCUUGAAUUGAAUGAAGAUGUUACUACUUGCUAGCAUUUCUGAUAUUUUCAGGAUAUGAUGUCUCAGUUAAUACUUACUUAUCUGGAUUUUUAACAUACCUUUAUCAAAUGUCUUGAAAGGCAUGGUCAAAUAAUGGGGACACUUGUUUUGUGUCAAAAUGAGUAUUUUUCCUUCAUUUUAGAGUGAGUUUCUGCUGAGGCCAGUGUCUGAUCACAAUGAAAUAAAAUGAAAUUUUGAACCAAAAAGCAUGACCAACCUUUAGAAUAAAAUGUCCCUUUACCCUGCAGGGCUGUCCAUUGGACGAAGACAGACACCAUACUCACCCUGGUUGUAGCUUGAAGUCUGAGCACAUUCUCACAGAGCACAUGCUAGUUUUGGACCUCGGGGCACCAGACUCAUAAUUUAAUUUCUAACUUAGUAGAGUUGAAUUAGUUUCCUCAGAUGGUCAACGCUGUGGAGAAAAUUGAAUUGCCUAUAUCAUCCCUUAUGAUAAUCGUGCCGGUUUAAUUCACACACCCCAAGAGAGAAAAAUGCUGUUCAAAUUGUGCCAGACUUCAGCAAAUUACAGUCUCAGUUUGAGAGGUCAUUUAAACAACAUGUAAAAAUAGCAUAUAGUCCAAUUGUAAUGUUCGUUUUACGCUCCUGCAAAUACUGUAUUUUGAUUCUCCACAUCAGUGUUGUGGGCCUAUUGGGUUCUCUACACCAUCUCUGGGUAGUGUUCCUUUUGAAUUAGCGUCUUAUCAAAAGGCAUAAACACAAAAUGUGACACAAUGAAUAAUGAGACAGUAUUUCAGCAAUAGUUAGUCUCCCAGUUAAUAGUCAUCUACUAUGCGAAUAGCAGGUUGAUGUUUGUCAUGAAUCUUGCCCUGGAGGCAGAACUGAGUCAUUUGCCCUAGAUGGGCCAGCUGCAAAGUCAAAACUGUAUUUCUGGUCUUAAUUUAAGGUUAGGGCUAGGCAUUAUGUUUAGCUGUGUAGUUAAGGUUAUGUUUAAAAUCAGAUUUUAUGACUUUCUGGCUGUGCCAGCUAGUGACCACUCUGCAUAGCUGCCUCCAGAACAAGAUUCAUGAAGAAAAAAAACUAACCUGCCUGUGACUGCGUUGAGUCAGGCAUAUACUCACUCCUGUGGUGCUGCCCUUACACAACCUACUUUUGGAGAGCAUCCUUCGUCACACUCUUGACUCCCUAAUUGUGGCAACUUUUGUACUUUGAGGGUGGAAUGACUUUUUCGAUACAGCGAUUUGAAAAAUAUUUAAAACUGAUGUAUAAUUUUUCAAUUUGUAUGCGAAAAUUAUAGUUUAGCAUUUGCUUUGUAGUUCAAUUUCAAUCAUUCUGUGCAUGGACUGCAAUAGGAAAGAGUCCUCUUGAGUUGAGUGGACCAAAUUUGUAUAACAGCUUUAAUUAUAUUUAAAAACCACUAGCAUGAUAACUUGUGAGGGAGUAAGGAACCCACCAAAAGUAUUAUUUCAUAGAGCUCAGUGAGAUCAAUUUCCAGAGAGAUAACAAGCAUUAUGAUUUUUGGAAUUGAGUCUUACAGAAUAUUUUGACUUAUAAUUUCAUGCAUGCUGUCAUGGAGAAUAAUCGUCUAACAGCUUUGCAGAUCUUUGUGAUGAGACCGUAUUUCUAUCCAUAUGUGAUUUUUGGUAAAUAACUUUGUUGUAAGUGGUAUGUUGGUGACUUGUGCUUAUAUCUUUGUCCUUACAAAGGAAUGAUUGUAAACGAAAUAACCUUUUGCCCUGGGUACAUUCAACCCAUGUGUUAGUACAGUCAGCUUCUUGUUGGCUCCUUGAGAUGUUCAAAAUARUUCUUAUACAAUGGAUGCUUAGGAACGUGUGAAGCAGAAUAAAUAAAAGUUUGUGUUUA